AUGCCUUCCGAGACAGAACCCCUCCUCCCUCGCUACGAAGAUGACACCUCCCGUCAGCGCCGUCUCCACCAAAAGCUACACAGCUACCAAAUGUUCCGCGCGAUCUCUGAGGGUUACAUGCCAACUACAGAACAGACUAUUGCCAAUCUUCGCACCCUUCUAGCCUCCGAUGUCCUCGACCUGCGUAACCAAGAUAUUGGCAGCGUCGGUCGCCAGCUAGUGCGGGACAGUCGACUGUGGAUCCAGGUCUUUAUCGAAUUCUUGCAGGAGAAGAACAGCCAAAACCAAAUCCAAGAGUUUCUGUGGCGCCUGGCCCGUUCGCGAGUCGAGGUGGAUAGCGAGAGGGUUUCAAGACAGGCCGCCCACGUGAAGGCGCGGGCUGAUACCAAAGCUGCAUAUGACAGUUUUCGCACCGUCGGUGGUCUACUGUUGACUAAUUCUGAUUUCCGUCUUUUUGUCGAUGAUCUCGUUACCAUUGGCCGCCAGAUCUUUGCUGAUACGGCCGAUUCCCUUGCUGAAACCUCGAAACUUAUUGCGAAACAAGUCAAACCAUCUGAGGAGGAGGAACAGGCGCUACAGGGUCCCGGUGCAGACGAGGGACAUGCGCUGUCACAGGAUGACCUGAGAGAGGAAGUUGCACAUGUAGUAGAUGUGGCUGGCGAAGGAGUUGCUCAGACAGGUCAUGAUGCUAUACAGAGUGCUAAGGAACAUCUGUCCGGUCGAGAGAGAGAUACUUUGCUCUUUCGACUGAAGCAGGCUGUUCAAAAACUGCGUGAGAGGACGGACUACUCUGACUCAGUAGCUACUCUUGCACAACUGGUUGCGCGCUACGCUAAGAUCUAUGCGGAUGCAGCAGAUAAUGCUGCCUCGGUCGCCCAGGAAGACAUGGAAGUCAAUGCUGACCUUAAGCGGGCCGUCGACGAGUUUUGGAAUCUCUUGCGGUCAUUCGGGAGUGCGGAGGAGUGGGAUCGUCUCGAGGAGAAGUUCCACAACGUUUUGCGCCAUGCAAACAAGGAUCCCGAGUUCGAUAAUCUACUUGGAGAGGUCGGAGCCUCACUGCAGGAAAUGCUCACCAAUCCCGAGUUCUUUGAUUCCGCUCCCGAGAAGCUUGAUGAACUUAAGCAACACUCUGAGAAGGUAGGGUCAGAGACGAACCUGAGAAAAGACAUGGACGAUUUCCUAGCACAAUCCAAACGCACACUUCGAACUGUGCCCGAGGACCCAACCGUAUCCAAAUUGAUCAACGCCACCAAAAAGAUCUAUCAGCAUGCCUGGGCUGCCUACAAUGACAAGAAGGCAGACCUCCCAGCAGACCUAGUGAAUGUCUUCCUCCCAGUACUCCUCCGGGCGAUUCAAUACAUCCCCAUUCCCCGCCUGGAAAUCUCAGCUCCAGAGAUGGAUCUUCUCCUCGAGAACCUAAUCCUCGAGCCUGGGCACACAGUAAACUUUUCCUCCUUCCUCCCCUACCGCAUGCAUCUCCUCACGCGCAACGAUAUCGACGUGGUAAAAACCCACUCCAAGCGGACAGAGACACUUAUCAAAACAGCUUUCACGGUUAAUAUCCAAGGUCUAAAUAUCAGCGCUGAAGACUUUGGCUACUGGUUCCGUGCCCAUACAGGAUUCUUCCGCCUCAAGGAUGAAGGUAUUGCAAGCUUCUACCUGGAUCGCCGCGGUAUCGACAUCUCUCUGGACAUCGAGGUCGGCCGCGACCGUCUAGAACAAAUCUUCUCUUUGCGUGGUGUGCGUGUCCGCAUCCAUAAACUUGAUUACACCGUCAAGCGCAGCAAGUGGAAAUUCCUCCUCUGGUUGACGAAGCCAUUCUUGAAACAUCUUGUCCGCCGUGUGCUGGAGAAAAAGAUCGCUGAGGAUAUAGUUGCGGCGGCAUUUGCAUUGAACCGCGAGCUAGUCUUCGCUCGUGAACGGCUGCGUGCCACGCGCAUCGCUAACCCGCAGGAUCUAGCAACUUUCGUGCGAGCUGUCCUUGCGCGCCUCAAACCCGCCGACUCGGGUGUCGAGGCUAGGAUCGGACUUGAGCCACUGGAUAAGGGUGUCUUCAAGGGGGUUUACGCUCCCGGCAGUAUUGUGAAGACAUGGCAUGAGGAGGCCACACGUGCACAAGAAGCUAUUGAGGAUGGAGAUGAGACGCAUGCGCUUGGCCAUACUUGGCACAAUGACAUCUUUAAUGUUGCUGGACGACACUGA